AUCCUCACCAGGGGGGAUGGCGGCCCCACAGCGGCCGUCAAGGAGGAGAGUCCCCAGGCAGCUGCCUUCACGGAGGCCAUCUGUGCCCACCUGGGAGGCCGUGCCCCCAAUAAACACCCCGGCUGUGGAUCCCAAGUUAACCGAGCCAAUGAAAGCAGAAUCAAACUUUCCAUUCCAGUCAACUGAACCUGUGAAAGUUCCCAAUCCGGCCAAGCAGGUCCCAGAAGGUGCGGCGUCCAUGCACCCCGUGAUGGUGCUGCACCAGAUGAAGCCUGGCCUGCUGUACAACACUAACAAGACCACCAGGGAUAACGAGCCUUUCUUCACCGUCACCGCCGACAUCGAUGGCAAGGAGUUCUCAGGCAAGGGGACAAAUGUGAAGAAAGCCAAGUUCUUCCUGGCCAACACAGCAAUACUGGGACUGUACGGGGUAGAAUCCACCUUUGAGAUCUCCGCUUAAUGGAAGUACUAGCUGCCUGGGUACUGGCGGCGGUGUGCGGGGCAGGCGGUCCCUCGCACACGUGGCUGUAGAGUCUGCUACGUGAUAAUGACAAAGUAGAUAGGUAGCUACAUAGUAUUUUAACCUGAAGUCCUGUCUGUGAGUGUUGUCUUGUAUGUUGCUGCUUGCUGAAGGCAGGGAAUGUAGUGAACUGGAGGGGCAGGGCCUGAGUGGCUUACAAAACUCCUGUGGAAGGGAAGUGAUGGUCUGUGCUAAAUGUUGCAGUCUGACGAGUGACGUGGAAUUCAAUUUUUCCACGUGUAAAUUCUUCCAGUCCAGUGUUUACCUUUAUUUUGUUCCAGCUCUGUUACUUAGUGCCAGAGUUAGAAGACCGACACUUAACGGAAUUCUUAUUUAUGAUUUUGACGUACUUUCUUUUCCUAUUUAUUUACUUAGCCCGUGAAGUGUGGGUGCUCCUUGUAAAUGGUCGGUGCUGAGCCUGCCAUGAAUGCAAAUCAAAUGCAGCUGAUUGUGAAAGACAGGCACAGGAGAAGGGGUCAGUCACUCAUUCCUGCUUGUGUCAGAUCACUCAUCUAGUGUUCUGCUGUGGAGUGGAGUGGGUGAUGAGAGGGCUGUGGUGAUGGGACAGUGACAGACAAGCCCUACUUACUGAAAACAAAAGUGUGCGAACUCAUCACAUCAACACUUAUUUAGCUUCCUGACAAAAAUGGCAUCCAGUUUCAGAUGUUUAAGGUAUUUAACUCAUCUAUUUAUUUAAAGGUACCCACUCUUUAUGGGUUAAAUGAAAGCUGUACUCUAGUUUAGCAGUCAGUCUCACCACUUGGUUUAAUGUGAGCAGGUAAGGAAGCCCUAGAACCUGGCCAUUGGUUAGGUUCUGGUGACUUCUGGCUGGAAUCUCAGUACCUUAAUUUCUCUUCUGGUUGAAACUUUCUCCUCAAACACAACUGGCUGGAGCUGAGUCCUGGGAUGGUCAGCUGUUUAAAUAUUACUACACAAAAUGUUAUGAGUUUGAAUACAUAAUGAAAAUUUCUUUAAUGUGUAUGUAUGUAAAGGUUAUAAAAGCAA